AUGCAUUUUAGAGCAGCACAAUCUACGACACAACCAAAUCCGUUGACCCAGUGUAUUGAUUCUACAUAUAUCAAAUGCAGUGACAGCCAUGUCUGUAAAGAUACUUACUUACGAAGAUUAUGUCCAGUUACAUGUAAACUAUGUGUUCAAACUACGACUCCGCCGUGUGUCGAUGUUACUUACAUAGAUUGCGAUGACAGUCAUGUUUGUAGCAAUGCAUAUCUUCGACAAAAAUGUCCAAUGACAUGUGGCAUAUGUGCCGGAUCAUUGAAAAUUACAACUCCUAGAUGGAUCCACAUCAUUGGAAAAUGAAAUAUAGGUUCCUUGCAAAUCUUAUUGCAUUGACUGGAUAUUUUUCGAAAAGAGGAAAGAGGGG